AUGGUCGCCGACGCAGUAAUCUACCACCCCACCAUCACCCACUACCUCAAGUUCGUCAGCACCACCGUCGGCCGCGACAAGCUCCUCCGCACGCUCCAGUACUUUGCCCGCUUCUACGCCUGGUACCUCCUCCGCACCAACGCGACCAAGACGGCCAUCCAACCAUGGGAGACCAUGAAGAAGCAGUUCGGCCUCGUCCGCAAGGUCCUCCGCGCGGGCAAAAACGUCGAGCACUUCAAGGCUGCCGCGCUGGCGGCGGACAACAAGACGAUGGACCCUGUGCUGAGAUACACUGCCGUGGGGAGACAGCUCGGUUACGCGGGGUAUCUCUCGAUGGAUCUGCUGACGUUGCUGGAUGCGACGGGGAUCAAGAAGAGCUCUAACGCGAAGAGGCUGCAGCAGGAGGCGUAUAGGUUUUGGGCGGCGGGGAUUACGUUUAGUAUUGUUGGGCAGCUGUAUACGCUUUGGCAGUUGAAGAAGAGGGAGGAGAAGGUUGAUCGGAAGGAGGGGGAGGGGGUGGUGGAGGGGAAGAGGAUUGCCAAGGAACGUGCGGCUAGCAGGUUGCAGCUUACUUCGGAUCUCUGCGACAUUACUGUUCCUCUUUCUGCUCUGGCCUGGGUCAACUUUGAUGAUGGCAUUGUUGGUUUGGCUGGUACCGUCAGCAGCUUGCUGGGUGUGUACUCGCAGUGGAACAAGACCGCCUAGGAAGUCAGGUUUCGGGAUGAUUGAGGGGGAUUGGGAGAGGGGACGGGAAACCGACAAAAUUUACAGAACGGGGGUUGCUGGCUGGCGGAACAGCAACGGACAGACGAUGAUUGCAGAUGUGUUUUGGCAGGAGGUGGAUGAGUUGGUAGGACGAGCGGUGUUUUGAUACCUUUUCUCUUUUUUGAGAUUCAGAGUUGUGUUUGGUGGUUUUUCGUUGCUGUAGUUGUACGUGUAACUCGUGGUAGCUCUUUCACAUGUCAGCUUUGUAAGUUCAGCUUGUUGUGUUUGCAUGGUUUUGGAUGAGGUCGAUGGGUAAUGUUUAGAAUGCUUUGGUGAAGCUGUUUCAGACUUGAUUUAUUUUACGCAGGUAGCUUUCUUGCAAUGCAAUUUCCAUUCACGGUAGCA